AUGGCAGCACGGCUGCUCGCACCACCAGGCCCUGAUAGUUUUAAACCCUUCACUCCGGAGUCUCUGGCUAACAUUGAGAAACACAUCGCAGAAUUAAAAAAGAAGCAGCGGCCAAAGCAAGACAGCAGCCACCGGGAUGACGAUGAAGACAGCAAACCAAAACCAAACAGUGACCUUGAGGCGGGGAAGAAUUUGCCUUUCAUCUACGGGGACAUCCCAAAAGGCCUGGUUGCUGUACCACUGGAGGACUUUGACCCUUAUUACAUGACCCAGAAAACCUUUGUAGUACUAAACAGAGGGAAAUUUUUUAGUGCCACACCUGCCUUGUACAUUUUAAGUCCUUUUAAUCUGUUUAGAAGAAUAGCUAUUAAAAUUUUGAUACAUUCAGUAUUUAGCAUGAUCAUUAUGUGCACUAUUUUGACCAACUGUGUAUUCAUGACUUUUAGUAACCCACCUGAAUGGUCGAAGAAUGUGGAGUAUACAUUCACUGGUAUUUAUACAUUUGAAUCACUUGUGAAAAUUAUUGCAAGAGGUUUCUGUAUAGAUGGCUUUACUUUCCUACGUGAUCCAUGGAACUGGCUAGAUUUCAGUGUGAUCAUGAUGGCAUAUGUCACAGAGUUUGUGGACCUUGGGAAUGUCUCAGCAUUGAGAACUUUCAGAGUUCUCCGAGCUUUGAAAACUAUCUCUGUUAUUCCAGGCUUGAAGACCAUUGUGGGUGCCCUAAUUCAGUCUGUGAAGAAGCUGUCAGAUGUAAUGAUCUUGACAGUAUUUUGUCUCAGUGUCUUUGCUCUGAUCGGGUUGCAGCUGUUUAUGGGCAAUUUAAGGAACAAGUGUGUGAUAUGGCCAAUUAAUGUGAAUGAGACUUUCCUGGAUAACGGCUCUAGGGGCUUUGACUGGGAGGAAUACACCAACAAUAUGUCAAAUUUUUACAUAAUUCCUGGCGCCCCUGAUCCUUUGCUCUGUGGUAACAGCUCAGAUGCAGGUCAAUGUCCGGAGGGUUACACGUGCAUGAAAGCAGGACGGAACCCGAACUACGGUUACACAAGCUUUGACACUUUCAGCUGGGCUUUUCUGGCUUUAUUUCGCCUUAUGACUCAGGACUUUUGGGAAAACUUGUAUCAAUUAACCUUACGAGCAGCAGGAAAAACCUACAUGAUCUUCUUUGUCUUGGUGAUCUUUGUGGGAUCGUUCUAUCUGGUUAAUCUAAUUUUGGCUGUGGUAGCGAUGGCUUAUGAAGAGCAGAACCAGGCCACGUUGGAGGAGGCAGAGCAGAAGGAGGCAGAAUUUAAGGCCAUGUUAGAACAAUUGAAAAAGCAACAGGAAGAAGCACAGGCUGCUGCUAUGGUCACUUCGGCAGGGACAGUCUCGGAAGAUGCUGUGGAAGAUGAUGGUGGGGGGAGGAUGUCUCGGAGCUCUUCGGAGAUUUCCAAACUCAGUUCCAAGAGCGCCAAGGAGCGUCGAAACAGGAGGAAAAAACGAAAGGACAAGGAGCUGUCAGAAGGAGACGAGAAGUGUGACAAUGAAAAGGUGUUCAAGUCUGAAUCUGAGGAUGGCAUGAGGAGGAAAGCAUUCAGGCUACCAGAUAACAGGCUAGGAAGGAAGUUUUCCAUCAUGAACCAGUCUCUCCUCAGCAUCCCAGGCUCCCCUUUUCUCUCCCGACACAACAGCAAGAGCAGCAUCUUCAGCUACAAAGGGCGAUUUCGCGACCCAGGCUCAGAGAACGAGUUUGCCGAUGACGAGCACAGCACCGUGGAGGAAAGCGAAGGCAGGAGAGACUCCCUCUUCAUCCCCAUCCGCGGUCGUGAUCGAAGGAGCAGCUACAGCGGUACUACUGAAAUCGAAAUUAGGAAGAAACCUGGUGGGUCUCUCUUGGUCUCGAUGGAUCAGGUGAACGCGUCCUAUGGAAGAAAGGACCGAACCAACAGCGUAAUGACUGGGUUGACGAAUACCCUUGUGGAGGAGCUGGAAGAGUCCCAAAGGAAGUGUCCCCCUUGCUGGUACAAAUUUGCCAACACGUUCUUGAUCUGGGAAUGCCACCCGUACUGGAUCAAGCUGAAGGAGAUUGUGAACUUAAUUGUCAUGGAUCCUUUUGUUGACUUGGCCAUCACCAUCUGUAUUGUGCUGAACACUUUGUUCAUGGCGAUGGAGCACCAUCCUAUGACCCCAGAGUUUGAGCACGUGCUCUCCGUAGGAAAUCUGGUUUUCACUGGAAUUUUCACCGCAGAAAUGUUCCUGAAGCUCAUUGCCAUGGAUCCCUACUAUUAUUUCCAAGAAGGCUGGAACAUCUUUGAUGGAUUUAUUGUCUCCCUCAGUUUGAUGGAACUGAGUCUGGCAGAUGUGGAAGGACUUUCUGUGCUGCGAUCUUUCCGAUUGCUGAGAGUCUUCAAACUGGCCAAGUCCUGGCCCACUCUGAACAUGCUGAUAAAAAUCAUCGGUAACUCAGUGGGCGCUUUGGGGAACUUGACCUUGGUGCUGGCCAUCAUCGUGUUCAUCUUUGCUGUGGUGGGCAUGCAGCUCUUCGGCAAAAGCUACAAGGAGUGUGUCUGCAAGAUCAAUCCGGAGUGUGAGCUACCCCGCUGGCACAUGCACGAUUUCUUCCACUCCUUCCUUAUUGUCUUCCGUGUGUUGUGUGGGGAAUGGAUUGAGACCAUGUGGGAUUGUAUGGAAGUGGCAGGACAGGCCAUGUGCUUGAUUGUCUUCAUGAUGGUCAUGGUCAUCGGAAAUUUAGUGGUGCUGAACCUGUUCUUAGCCUUGCUGCUGAGCUCCUUCAGCGCAGACAACUUGGCAGCGACAGAUGACGACGGGGAGAUGAACAACCUGCAGAUUUCUGUUAUUCGCAUCAAGAAGGGCAUUGCCUGGAUCAAGGCAAAAGUGCGCGAGUUCAUGCAGGCUCACUUCAAGCAGAGAGAGGCCGAUGAGGUGAAACCCUUGGAUGAAUUGUACGACAAGAAGGUGAACUGCAUCGCUAACCAUACAGGGGCUGAUAUCAACAGGGACAUUGAUUACCAGAAGAACGGCAAUGGCACGACGAGCGGAAUUGGGAGCAGCGUGGAGAAGUACAUAAUAGAUGAGGAUCACAUGUCCUUCAUCAAUAACCCCAAUCUCACUGUCCGGGUGCCUAUUGCUGUAGGUGAAUCAGAUUUUGAAAAUCUCAACACAGAAGAUUUCAGCAGUGACACAGAUCCUGAUGGCAGCAAAGAGAAACUUGAUGAUACCAGCUCCUCUGAAGGUAGCACCAUUGAUAUAAAGCCCGAAGUGGAAGAAGUCCCUGUGGAGGCACCGGAGGAGUAUCUGGACCCAGAUGCAUGCUUCACAGAAGGUUGUGUGCAGCGCUGUAAGUGUUGUCAGGUCAAUAUCGAGGAAGGGCUGGGGAAGUCUUGGUGGACCUUGAGGAAGACUUGUUUUCUGAUUGUGGAACAUAAUUGGUUUGAGACUUUCAUCAUCUUUAUGAUCCUACUGAGCAGUGGUGCUCUGGCUUUUGAGGAUAUUUACAUAGAACAGAGAAAAACCAUCCGGACCAUCCUGGAGUACGCGGACAAGGUCUUCACUUACAUUUUCAUCCUGGAGAUGCUGCUGAAAUGGUGUGCUUACGGAUUCGUCAAGUUCUUCACCAACGCCUGGUGCUGGCUGGAUUUCCUCAUUGUGGCUGUCUCUUUAGUCAGCCUUAUAGCUAAUGCCCUGGGCUACUCGGAACUAGGUGCCAUAAAGUCCCUUAGGACACUAAGAGCUUUGAGGCCUUUAAGAGCGUUGUCCCGAUUUGAGGGGAUGAGGGUGGUUGUCAACGCCUUGGUUGGCGCUAUCCCUUCCAUUAUGAAUGUGUUGUUGGUCUGCCUUAUCUUCUGGCUGAUUUUCAGCAUUAUGGGGGUUAACCUGUUUGCCGGGAAAUAUCAUUACUGCUUUAAUGAAACAGCUGAGGAGCGCUUUGAAAUAGAGAUUGUUAACAACAAGACAGACUGUGAAGCACUGAUGCCACCCAACUCCACUGAGAUUCGAUGGAAGAACGUGAAAAUUAACUUUGACAACGUUGGGGCAGGAUAUCUGGCUCUUCUGCAAGUUGCUACUUUCAAGGGCUGGAUGGACAUCAUGUACGCAGCAGUGGAUUCCAGAAAGCAAGAAGAGCAACCCAAGUACGAGGACAACAUUUACAUGUACAUCUAUUUUGUUAUCUUCAUUAUCUUUGGCUCCUUUUUCACCCUGAACUUGUUCAUUGGUGUCAUCAUUGACAACUUCAAUCAACAAAAGAAAAAGUUUGGAGGUCAAGAUAUUUUCAUGACAGAAGAACAAAAGAAGUACUAUAAUGCCAUGAAAAAGCUGGGCUCAAAGAAGCCUCAGAAACCUAUUCCCAGACCUCUGAACCGCAUUCAAGGAGCUGUCUUUGACUUUGUUACUCAGCAAGCAUUUGAUAUAGUCAUCAUGAUGCUCAUUUGCCUCAACAUGGUGACCAUGAUGGUGGAGACAGACACGCAAAGCAAGCAGAUGGAGGACAUCCUCUACUGGAUCAACCUGGUGUUUGUCAUCUUCUUCACCUGUGAGUGUGUGCUGAAGAUGUUCGCCUUGCGGCACUAUUAUUUCACCAUCGGGUGGAACAUUUUUGACUUCGUGGUUGUGAUUCUGUCCAUCGUGGGAAUGUUCCUGGCUGAAAUCAUUGAGAAGUAUUUUGUGUCGCCCACCCUCUUCCGAGUCAUCCGACUGGCUCGCAUUGGACGUAUCCUGCGCUUGAUCAAAGGAGCCAAAGGAAUCCGCACCUUGCUUUUUGCCUUAAUGAUGUCCUUGCCUGCCUUGUUCAACAUUGGCCUCUUGCUGUUCUUGGUCAUGUUCAUCUUCUCCAUCUUUGGCAUGUCAAACUUUGCCUACGUCAAGCAUGAGGCCGGCAUAGAUGAUAUGUUCAACUUUGAGACCUUUGGCAACAGCAUGAUCUGCUUGUUCCAGAUCACCACAUCAGCUGGUUGGGAUGGUCUGCUGCUGCCCAUCCUGAACCGGCCUCCAGACUGCGACCUAGACAAGGAGCACCCUGGGAGUGGUUUUAAGGGGGAUUGUGGGAACCCUUCGGUGGGGAUAUUUUUCUUUGUGAGUUACAUCAUCAUCUCCUUCCUGAUCGUGGUCAACAUGUACAUUGCCAUCAUCCUGGAGAACUUCAGCGUGGCGACGGAGGAGAGCGCGGAUCCGCUGAGCGAGGAUGACUUUGAGACCUUCUACGAGAUCUGGGAGAAAUUCGACCCCGACGCCACGCAGUUCAUAGAGUACAGCAAGCUCGCAGACUUUGCUGAUGCUUUGGAACAUCCUCUCCGCGUCCCAAAACCCAACACCAUCGAACUCAUCGCCAUGGACCUGCCUAUGGUAAGUGGAGACAGGAUCCACUGUUUAGACAUCCUGUUUGCCUUCACCAAACGCGUCCUGGGGGACAGCGGCGAGCUGGAUAUACUGAGGCAACAGAUGGAGGAAAGAUUUGUGGCGUCCAACCCUUCCAAAGUGUCUUACGAGCCUAUCACAACCACGCUCCGGCGGAAGCAGGAGGAAGUUUCGGCGGUGGUUAUCCAGAGGGCUUACAGGGCUCGUUUAGCCAGACGGGGCUUUAUUAGCCGAAGGCCUGUCUCCACAAAGCUGGAAAACGGGGGAACAAACAGGGAGAAAAAAGAAGGCACCCCCUCGACCGCGUCCCUCCCGUCGUACGACAGCGUGACCAAACCGGAGAAGGAGAAGCAGCAACGGGCGGAGGAGGGAAGACGAGAAAGAGCGAAAAGACAAAAAGACGUCAGGGAAUCCAAGUGUUGAGACAAAAUAGUAGAAUUGUACAAAUUAAAAUAUUUGCAAGUGAAAAGAUUGUUUACAAACUUCAUGAAAUAUUAUCAAUACAGAACAGCUGUGGAGACACUUACCUGAAGAUCUUAUACCAAACAUAGU